GCGACUUGCACGUUUCAGGAGAACAGUCAUGGAACGUCAAUCAUGUGAACGCCUCAGACCCAAGAAAGACUCGUCUAGACAUUCUACGAGACAGUCACACAAAGACCGUUACUCAAGAAGGUCCGCUAAAGGGGAAAGCAUAGCCUCGCUGAUCUUGCCAAGAAGGCAGCACAAUACUUGAACACAGAAGAGUGGCUACGAGAGGAUGCCUCCACCCUUCUCGGGAGCCUGAUUCGCCUCAGCCUUGGAAGCGGUAUACCGACAGUCUUCGAAAUCUACAUAAGACGAUCGAAAGUAAAAAAACACGCCGUUGUCAAAGUGGGUGAAUCGGUAAGCAAGAUGAUAAUAUCUACAGGCGAGUUCCGCCCAGAAGUACUGAAGAAGUACAUCAACUCAAUCUUGGGAAUGGUUAGUAACGACCUGAGUGAUCCUUUCGUCAACAAGCUGAUAAAAUUUGAACAGAAUUUCCAGCAAAGGUCAACUGAAUCAAGAGGGACUGGUAAAACUGUCCUCAAUUACACGUCACUUCCCACGUUUCCGCCUCAGUUCCAAUGGAAUGACUGGAAGCAUGCUAUUCAAGGCCUCGUUGAUACGAGUAAAAUAGAAGACGAAGUGCAUGCACACAACGUGGCAGCCUUGACGAACGUCACGAACGAGCUAUUCAUUGUGGAUUCCAAGCUACGCGUGUCUUACGUAUCCAUUCUUGCCAUCACGCACAUACUUCGGUAUCGUGUUCAAGGAGGAAGUGGCCGUGAUACCUGCGUAAGCUUGGCUAUGAAGCACUUUCCGGUGAACACUAUUUACCUUCUCAGCGAGAAACGGAUCGUGCCCACUCUUCAGGAUACCUUCACUAAAUUUGUAAAAGGCAUUCAAAGACAGGUUGUAAACGAAGUAGCGAAGGAGAUGUGGUUGACUAAGAAUAAUGUGGAAACAAUAAGAAAUAUGAUUAAGGAGAUUGACCUCAUUGUGCCAGAGACUUUUCCACCACUACUAAGAAAAGAUGUGCCUCUCAUGUCUCCCCAGUUCACGGAAAGCUACGUUCUUAUGAGUCAUUAUACUCGCACACUUGAAAACAAAUACCUUAAAUUCACGACGCUCUUCCCUAGUCUCUUACGCGCAAGAGUUGAAAUAGAAGACGACGAUUUGGCAUUCACCAAUGCCAUAAUGUGGGCGCCGUGGUUCUACGAUCAAAAGGACGACACCUAUAUCAACUACGCCACAGUGGGAGUCCGGACAGGCAUCGCAUUGUUCAAGUUCAUCAUGGAGAAAUCGACUCAGCUUCCCCAGGUAAAUCAGAAAUGGAAAGAGCAUGUCAGCUGCAUGCUCAGACAAACGGGACUGUUCAACAAGACAUGGGGUAACACAUUGCUGGGAGCUGCGUACGAAGUUGCCCGUGGAUCGUCUGUGGCAUUAGGGUUGGCCUCUCCCUUCCCAGACGUGAAUGCAAAGCGAUUGUUCUUCGGACGAUUAUGCCAGCAGUACUGUGAUCGGCGUAAUGCUCGCUAUGUGUACACGACAGACUUCAAUUUCAUGAGGCCGCGUCUGUUGUGCGAAUUCUCUGCCCGACAACAACCACUUUUUUGGGAAGCGUUCGGUUGCUGGGAUUUUAAGGGAAAUUGUUCUCUCACGUGACACAUGACCUGUCCUGUUACGUAGGUGGUGCCAACUGAUCCCUCAUGCUGGUUGAUAAACCUGGAAUCACAUAAAGUCUAGCCUGCUGUUGUUUGCUGUUGCAUUGUCUUGGCUAUUUCUCUAGCGGCAGCUCAAAUAGCUCUGAACCGUGUUUCCGCCAAUGAGCAUUGCACACGCAGGUGAGGUACAGGAUAUCAAUCAAAUUCAUAUAUAAUAAAGCUGACCUGAUCCGCCGCCAGCACGAGGGCAAGCCAUACAGGGAUGCAAUCUUAUACUUGUUUAGGAAGGCAGUUAUAUCCAAGUUGUACAAUAACUAUGGGACCUCUUUCUAUACAAACUGACCCAAACUUUGUGCCCUUCAACGAGUAAAUGAAUAAAAAGAAAGUGAAUCCUUGCACCGCACCAGCACCACAUAGUGGGGUAAUAGAGGCCUAUAUCACGUCUCAAAAUAGAAAACAGGAAUGUUUAUAAAAUGGCUAGAUCUAGGCGAAAUAUCAAUUAUCCAUCAAAAGAUAUGUACUAACACGUAUAUGUCUGUCGCAAUGUCUGUGUGCCUAGCUGAGAGUUAGACAUGUUUUUCACAAGAUGUCUAGUACUGUGUCUGACACCUAACCAUGUAUUGUACAUAAAGUCUGAGGCUAGAAUAAUUUUAU